AUGGCGGCGACGGGCGGGGGCGGCUCCGGCUCCGGGACCCCCGGGCUGGGCGCCCGCACCCCCACCCCCACCCCCGGGCUGGGCCCCCCGCACCCGCACCUGCCCCCCCCCCGCCGCCCCUUCACCCCGGUGCCCGGCCUACCCCCGCCUUCCGCGCCCCGCUACGCCUUCGGGCUGCUGGAGAGACGCCGCGGGACCCGGCGGCGGGAGGGAGAAGCGGCGGCAGCGGCGGCGGGCACCUCGUCGAGCGGGCGGCCCGACUCCAACACCGCCAACGCCACCGCCUCUGCCUCGGGGACCCGCGGGCCGCGGACCGCCAGCGGCUUCACUCCCAGCGGCGGCAGCGGCGCCAGAGAAUCACACUUCGGUGAUAAGAGUUCAAAUGCAGGCAACAGAAGUCAGUUCACAAUUGCCUCAGCACACAGCAGCUCUUCAUUGAAGGCUUUUGAUGAAAGCAAAAUUAGGAAGACCCCUGUGUCCACCACCAGCAGCAGUCGCAAUGCCAGGCCCGCUUCCAAGCUCCGCACUCCCCAAACUGCUCACUCAGUUACAUCAUCUUCUGCGGUAUCAGUUCACGUUGCCUCUGUAAUUGUGGCAGUAGUAGAGGGACGUGGGCUUGCUCGGGGUGAAAUAGGAAUGGCCAGCCUCGACCUGAAGACUCCAGAAUUGAUAUUAUCCCAGUUUGCAGACAACACCACAUAUGCUAAGGUCAUUACAAAACUGCAGAUUUUAUCUCCUCUUGAAAUUAUAAUGCCAAAUACUACUUGUGAUAAAGGAGGUGGGACCAAACUGUUUACUCUUGUCACAGAAAACUUUAAAAAUGUAGCUCUCAGUACUGUUCAGAGGAAGUACUUUAAUGAAACGAAAGGCCUGGAGUACAUUGAACAGCUUUGCACGCCCGAAUUCAGCACAGUGCUCAUGGAAGUUCAGAUGAAGUACUAUAGUUUGGCAGCAGCUGCAGCCUUGUUGAAGUACGUUGAAUUCAUACAGAAUAUGGUUUACGCUCCAAAAUCCCUUAAAGUCAUCUUCAAAGGAAGCGAACAGACAGCAAUGAUCGACUCAACUUCUGCACAGCAUCUCGAACUGACUAUUAACAACAGAGACCCCAGAAAUAAUCACACGCUCUACGGAGUCCUGAAUUACACAAAGACAGCUGGAGGGAGUCGCAGGCUUCGCUCAAAUAUAUUGGAGCCUCUUGUGGAUGUUGAGACGAUUACCACAAGAUUGGACUGCGUCCAAGAAUUACUAGAGGAUGAGGAUCUCUUCUUCAGCCUUCAGUCAGUAAUUUCACGGUUCUUGGACACUGAUCACCUCCUGUCCGUCUUGGUGCAAAUUCCAAAGCAAGAUACCAUACAGGCAGCUGAAUCCAAGAUCACAAACUUAAUUUACCUGAAACAUACAUUGGAAUUGGUGGAGCCACUUCAGGAAAUUCUGAAAAGCUGCAAAACACCACUCCUGAAGGCUUAUUGCAGUUCACUUGGAGAUAGCAGAUUCGGCCUUAUUCUGGAAGAAAUCAAGACCGUUAUCAAUGAUGACACCAGGUACAUUAAAGGCUGCUUGAACAUGAGGACACAGAAAUGCUAUGCUGUCAGGCCAAACAUCAACGAGUUCCUUGAUAUUGCUCGACGCACUUACGCCGAGAUAGUAGACGAUGUAGCAGGAAUGAUAGUGCAGUUGGGAGAGAAAUAUAACCUGCCUCUGAAAACCAGCUUCAGUACAUCUCGAGGAUUCUUCAUUCUGCUGAGCUGUGAGGGAGCUUCAUUUCCAAAUGGACAGCUUCCUUCUGAGUUUAUGAAGGUCACCGUGCUGAAGAACAGUUAUAACUUCACCACAGCCGAUCUAAUUAAAAUGAAUGAACGGUGCCAGGAGUCUCUCAGGGAGAUUUACCACAUGACUUAUCUGGUGGUUUGCAAACUCCUGGCGGAGAUCUACAAACACAUCCAUUGUCUAUAUAAGCUGUCUGAUGCAGUCUCUAUGUUGGACAUGUUGCUAUCCUUUGCACAUGUCUGUACACUUUCUGACUAUGUUCGUCCAGAGUUUACUGACACUUUGGCUAUAAAGCAAGGGUGUCAUCCUAUUCUCGAAAAGAUAUCAAUGGAGAAACCUGUGGCAAACAACACCUACAUCUCGGAUGAAAACAACUUCAUCAUUGUCACAGGGCCCAACAUGAGUGGGAAGUCAACCUACCUGAAACAAAUCGCUCUUUGUCAGAUUAUAGCCCAGAUUGGUUCCUUUGUUCCAGCUGAAUACGCCUCAUUCCGAAUAGCUGAUCAGAUCUUUACCAGAAUAGGUGUAGACGAUGACAUUGAAACCAACUCAUCGACGUUUAUGAAGGAGAUGAAAGAGAUUACAUACAUAAUGCACAAUGUUACUGAUAAAUCUUUGAUUAUCAUCGAUGAAUUGGGUAGAGGGACAAGUACAGAGGAAGGAAUUGGUGUUUGCCAUGCAAUUUGUGAAUUCCUGCUCAGUUUCAAGGCAUUCACGCUUUUUGCCACUCACUUCCUGGAGAUCUGUCAGCUGGAUGCUUUGUAUCCCAACGUAGAAAACAACCAUUUUGAGGUUCAGCACAACCGAAGCACUGGGAGCUACAAUAAAAUCAUUUACACGUACGUUCUCUCUAAAGGUUGCACCCAGGAGAAGAACUAUGGUUUAAAAGCUGCUGAGGUUUCCUCACUUCCCCCAUCAAUAGUCCUUGAUGCUAAGGAUAUUGCAUCCCACAUCACCAAACAAAUAUGGCGUAAACAGAGAAACACAGCUGAGUCUGUGCAGCAGAGAGCCAUGCAUCAUCUAGCCACCAGACUUAUCCAGGCAGCACGAAACUCCUGCCUUGACCCAGAUCGUUUGCGGAUGUAUCUAACAGGCCUCAAGAAAAGGUAUGAGGCCGAGUGCAUCACAGCCAGGCAGUCUCCACAGACAGAUACUUCCCACUGAAGAACAUUUUACAGCCUGUUAGUAAUCCAAUGUUUUUGUUUUGAAAGAUAAUGUUUUCACAGGUUUUGCCACAAUAUAAAGCCAUUGUAACGUUAAUCUUCCAACAACUUGCAGUCAGGAUGGGAUGUGCAGUGAAUUAGUGAUGACCAAGAGUUGGACCAUUAUUGCUAAUCUGUGGUUGACAAUAUCUCACCCUCAGCUUCCCUGUCAGUUCCACAAACUUGUAUUUGGACAUUAAAUACAAACUCAAAUUAAGUGGUGGAUCAUAACUGCACAAUAAAUCUUUUUAAAUGGAAUAUUUAUAUUUCUGCAAUUCCUCAAAGUAUCUUCACUCCUGUAUUGUUUUCUUUGAUUUUGAAGUCUUCUUUUUGUUUUCUGCUACUUUACACCUUCAAUCCAUUUACUGUCCUGCCUCAUCAAUUUAACCAUGCCAGUAUUUCUUUUUUCCCCCUCCCUGUCAUCUCAUUGAUUGAGGAAUGGUACACUUGUUUAUUUUCAUUCACUGCCACAGCCUCUUGCCCUCUUUGUGCCACUGUUAGUUCACUCUUCCAGCACAUUAGGUGGCCCAA